CAAAUGACAUGAAUUGAACUUUUCGCUUCUAUACUUAUAAAUGAGGCGAAACUGUAGGCAGCUACACUAGGUGAAAUAUUAUAUAAUAGAUCUAAUGCAUAUGAUAUGACCACAUUCUGACUUAUUAUGAUGAGGAAUAAGAAAAAAUAGCUGCUAUACAGAGGGAUCAUGCUUGGAAAUCUAGUCGUCUUUAGUCUGUUUAUUGUGUGUCUAAUCUGUAGAAUAACUCCUGUAAACUUUUAAAUUAAAUGUAUAAUCUUAGUUCUAUUUGCAUUGACUCCACAAAGCCAAAAUGACUUCAUCGUAUAACGAUGAGACCAGGAGUGAUAUAUCAGAAUCUCUGGAAGUCUGUGAAUUCCAGGUACAAUAUGGAGAUCCGGGUGGUUACUACAAAUCCAAAAGCCUGCCCGUUCUUAACGGAGACUGUCCUAACGUUAAUGAGUCCUUGGAACCAAGGCUGGUCAGUACGACGGAGACUUUAGUAAAUACCAACCAGUGCUUAGCGUUCAACGAGCUGCGACAGAAAGGAGACUGGAGUGAACUGGAAUCACCCACCAAGACAGAUUUCUCCCCUUCCAUGUCCAGUAUGGUGGGUCUUAGUAGCUCCAUGAGAACUGAAGCCAACCGAGCAGGUGGCAAAAAAAUAGGCUUUUCAUUGGCAAGAUUCAUCCGCUUUCCUGCAAGAAAGUACAUGAGGGUGGUUCUUUCAGACUCUAGGUGUUUUCUGUUCUGUAUGUGUUACCUGACGUUUAUCCAGUCGUUGAUGGUCUCUGGCUACCUUAGUAGUGUCAUCACCACUAUAGAGAAGAGAUACAGCCUUAGAAGUUCAGAAUCGGGACUGUUGGUUAGCUGCUUUGACAUUGGAAGUCUUUUGGUGGUGGUCUUCAUCAGUUAUUUCGGGGGUCGAGGGCAGAGGCCACGCUGGUUGGCGGUAGGAGGGGUGUUCAUCGCAGUGGGAGCAGCUCUGUUCUCCCUUCCACAUUUCAUCUCUCCACCCUAUCAAAUCCAAGAGGUCAAUUCGUCCACGGGGAACGAGGGCCUGUGCUCGAACGGGAAUGGGAGCAGAAAGGAUGCUCUGGAUGUGUCGUCCUGUCCAAGGGACCAAGAGGGCAACGAUCACUCCAUAUAUGUUGCCCUGUUCAUCUGCGCCCAGGUCCUGGUGGGCAUGGGUUCCACUCCUAUCUACACGCUGGGACCAACGUACCUGGAUGAUAACGUGAAGAAGGAGAACGCUUCCCUCUACCUUGCUAUAAUGUAUGUAAUGGGGGCUCUGGGGCCAGCUGCAGGGUACCUGCUUGGAGGCGUUCUGAUCGGCUUCUACGUGGAUCCCAAAACCAUCAUCAACAUUGAGCAAAGUGAUCCACGCUUUAUUGGCAACUGGUGGAGUGGUUUCCUGCUCUGUGCUUUCGCCAUGCUGUUGGUCAUCUUCCCCAUGUUCACUUUCCCCAAAAAACUUCCCCCUCGACACAAGAAAAAGAAGAAAAAGAAUGGGGCGGACAGCAACUCCAAUGAUGAUGAUGUCCUGAAAGAGAAAUCCAACAGCAAAGGCCAGACUGUGGCGUCCUCCAUUGGCUUUGGGAAGGACAUCAGAGACAUCCCCAAGGCUGCCAUAAGGAUCCUCAGCAACAUGACGUUCCUGUUCGUGAGUCUGUCGUACACAGCUGAGAGCGCCAUCGUCACUGCCUUCAUCACCUUCAUCCCCAAGUUCAUCGAGUCUCAGUUUGGAAUCCCUGCCUCCAGCGCCAGCAUAUACACAGGGGUCAUUAUCGUGCCCAGUGCAGGGGUUGGCAUUGUACUGGGUGGCUACAUCAUAAAGAAACUCAAGCUUGGAGCUCGUGAGUCCGCCAAGCUGGCCAUGAUCUGCAGCGGGGUGUCUCUUCUGUGCUUCUCCACACUCUUCAUCGUGGGCUGUGAGAGCAUAAACCUGGGUGGGAUCAAUAUCCCUUAUACCACAGGGCCGACACUCACUCUGACCCACAGAAACCUGACGGGAGGCUGUAAUGUGAAUUGUGGCUGUCGGAUCAACGAGUACGCUCCUGUUUGUGGCUCAGAUGGCAUCACAUAUUUCAACCCCUGCCUGGCGGGAUGCAGCACUGUUGGCAAUGGCAGCACCGGGAUCAGAAACUACACAGACUGUGCAUGCGUGCAGAGCAGGCAGGUCAUCACACCACCCACCAGCGGCCAAGGCAACCAGCUGCAACUGGUCAUAGUGAAGACCUACCUGAACGAGAAUGGAUUUGCUGUGUCAGGGAAGUGUGAUCGCACCUGCAACACACUCAUCCCCUUCCUCAUCUUCCUCUUCAUCGUUACACUCAUCACAGCUUGCGCACAGCCCUCCGCCAUUAUUGUCACUCUCAGGUCAGUAGAAGAGCAAGAACGACCGUUUGCUUUAGGAAUGCAGUUUGUGUUGCUAAGAACUCUGGCCUACAUUCCCACACCAAUCUACUUUGGUGCGGUGAUUGACACCACCUGCAUGCUCUGGCAGCAGGACUGCGGUGUUCACGGCUCUUGCUGGGAGUAUGAUGUCACUUCCUUCCGCUUCGUGUACUUUGGCCUGGCCGCCAGCCUCAAGUUUGUGGGCUUUGUGUUCAUAUUCCUCACCUGGUACUCAAUUAAAUACGAAGAGGAUCGUCUGGAGCGCUGGCAGCGGCAUCUGCCUCCUCUGGGCACCGUCAGCGAGCUCAUCUGUCACGUGGGAGGUCACAAGAGCCACGCUCGUACCUGCUCCUGCCCCGUUUUCACACCCCGUCCCGAGCCCCCUGACCAGCCCCCGCUCAACCGCGGACACUGCAGCCAGAGCUGCCCCGGAAAUGCCCUCAAAGCAAUAACCCCACCUGCCCGCUCGCUGCAGGAAAUGCACAUUUAAGGAACGUGCGCCCUGACAUCUGCCUCCACGUGCCUUCCU